GCUACUGCUGGAACCGAAUGGCUGCAAUCGGGACGAAAGACGGCGUAGGGAAGCAAAAUUGUUCUGGGACGCUAUGAAACCAGGGCAAGUUAUUCUGAGCGGAAGUAGUUCGUUGGCUUUGGUACGUGACAAAGAAGAGCUUACAGGAAAGCAGCAGCAUUCAUGGAUAUAGUUGACACCUUUAACCAUUUAAUUCCCAGUGACCAGUUGGAUAACGCCUUAUUACUAGGGCAGAAUUUGGAGAGUGAAGCAAGUGAUGAGUUGGGAACAGAUAAAAACUACCUGGAAGACUCUUUAAAGAACAUGCUCAGUGACAAAGAUCCCAUGCUUGGAUCUGCCAGUACUCAGUUCCAUCUCUUGGAUAAUGAUGAUGCCAACUAUCCGAUUGCUGGAUCUACAGGUCUUGAAGUAAUGAGUGAGUCACAGAGUGUACACCAUUCUGUAGGACGUGAGCUGACUCGCCCUAAGAGUGGACGAGGUAGGGGAAAAGCUGUGUCUCGCUUAUCCAGGAAAUCUCCACGUAUAACUGCACAAGAGCCAGUUAAAAGUGCAUGUGAGAGUUCAAAAGCUCGACGCGGUAGACCUGCCAGCAAAUUAGCUUGCAGUAAGGCUACAGGGAAACCUGGCAGGAGAGCAGCAAACAAACCAACACAGCACGAAUCGGCCGAGGACCAGGAAGAGCAGGGUGAUCUUUCUCAGGAGAGGAAAGAUGCAAUGCUGGAGAGCGUGCUAAGCAACAAGCAUGUGGCCCAAUCCAUGAAUCCUGUGGUCGUGUUGAGGCGGUUGACGGUCACCGUGGGAGGAUACAAAAUUGAACUUCUCCCGGGACCAUCCCAGUCCUCGCCUAGGGCUGAUGCAAGUGUUGCUGAGCCUGUGUGUUUCCAGGAGAGCUCAGCGUGUGCAGGUGGGUUGGAGUUUGCAGGAGCACAGGCUGAGGCUACCCAUCCCCAAGAUACUGCUGCAGAAGUGGCAGGAGAGUCAAGCACUGGGCAGGACCUCAUACCACUCUCUGCUGGUGACACACCCGCCCAGAUAGGGCCCUACGGAAAUCCCACUGAGGUUCAAGAUGGUAACAGUACGCUGUUGAGCGACGUCAGUGCAGUGGGUCAAAGCACAGUUGAGGCUAAAACAAAUGACCAGAUGGAUGCUCAGAAAGUAAAUCCAUGCACCGUUGGGGGUUCUAGUGGAAACCCAAAUAGAGGCGAGAUGGUACAACAGACUAGUGCAGAUCGCCUCAACACACCUAAAGGCAAAGGAGGAAAGGACCAAAGAGUUCCAGCCAAGACAUGGCCAAAAUCUGAUCCAUCCCCUUCUGUCGGCCAGCAGCAGCAACCAACUCUCAGCAGGCCGGCUAGUACAGGAACAGGACCCAAACCCCUCGGGCCCAGGAAGAGAGCCAGAAGCGACAGUCAAAAUGUGCUACCAGUCAAAGGAAAGCAAAUGGUGAAGGUGGCAAAAAGACGAAUGGAGCAUCUGAAGACCCACCCACCCUCCAAAAUACAGAAGUGUCCUGACAGAGGACUUGUUAAAGGAGUUCUGCCACCUUACAAAGCCCUGAAAUCAGCAGAGCUAGCAGGCACUUCUGGCAAAAGGCCUCUCCCUCCCAGUGCUGGCCCAGAUGUGUUUCAUAGCCCGCAUCAGAGAAUGCAGCCGGCUAUCCAAAAAUCCCCACACACUUCCACUGUUGGGCCAAGACCACACCACCAAGCAACAGUGCCACUAAAACCUGGCCACCAGCAGAAGGAAGCCCCUGAAGAGGAGAAGCAAGAGAAACUGAAGAUAAAGAAGUUGGACAAGGCUUCCCAAAGGCCCAGGAGUAGGAGCUCCAAAAGCCUCUCGCUGGAUGAGCCGCAGCUGUUCAUUCCUGACAAUGCUCCCGUUGCCAAGAAGGAGGCUGUGGAAGAGGAGUCAGCAGACAGUGAAGCUGCAUGGGAUCCAAGCAAGCACUGUGGAUUCUGCAAAAAACCCCACACCAACAGGUUGAUGGUGGGAUGUGGUCGCUGUGAUGAUUGGUUCCAUGGUGACUGUGUGGGGCUGGACCUGGCCAAGGCACAGCAGAUGGAGCAGGAGGACCAGGAGUAUGUGUGUCUGAAGUGUUGCGCUGAGGAGGACAAGAAGGGUGUGUCACCGUCAGAGGGCACUUCAAAACCUGGACAUACUGCGGACAGCAAACCUGUUCAUGGACAGGACAAACAGGGCCCGCCACCUCAAGCAACAACAGGAGUCCGGAUCAUCAAGAAGGAUUCUAUUGAGAGAAAACACUCAACAGAAGUCAGAGACACAGACAGCCGGACGACAUCACUUUCAGACCAGAAAAAUGCUCCAACAGUGAAAGCCCCACACGCCCCAGGGGACUCGCCACAGAAAACAACGGCGCACGAGAGGCAGGAUACAAAAAAAUCCAAAGCCUCACCCCCCGCCUCUAAGAAACCCUCCGUAGAACAGAUCAGGAGGAAUGUUCGAGAUUCUCUGAAGGACAUCCUACUGAAGCGACUGAAGGAGUCAGACUUAAAGGUUUCGACAGAGAGGGCUGCUAAUGUAGCUAUAAAAAUAGAGAAGGAACUUUUUGCCUUCUUCCGGGACACUGACAGCAAAUACAAAAGCAAGUACAGGAGCUUGAUGUUCAACCUCAAAGAUGCUAAAAACAAUGUCCUGUUUAAGCGUGUUCUCAAAGGGGAAAUUUCUCCAGACCAUUUGAUCCGAAUGAGUCCAGAGGAACUGGCUUCAAAAGAACUGGCAGCCUGGAGACAGAGGGAAAAUCGGCAUAUGAUUGAAAUGAUUGAGAAGGAGCAGCGAGAGGCAGAGAGGCGACCCAUCACCAAAAUCACCCACAAAGGAGAAAUUGAGAUUGAAAGCCAGGAGCCUAUAAAACGGCCUGAAGCUAUUGAAGCAGAGGUAGAGACAGUUCACAGACCAGCUGAGGAGGCAAAGGAAGUUCCUGAAGAAUCUGAAUCUGAGAGCUCAAAGGACACGACCAGCCAACACAAGGCACACCUCUUUGACCUCAACUGCAAGAUUUGUACAGGUCGAAUGGCUCCACCUGCAGAAGAUGGCGCUACAAAAGUGGUGAAAGUGGCCACCACAGUAUUGCGCAGGCAGUCAGGCCAGGAAGCAGAGGCCCGCUCUGAUCCCACGCCUCCUCUGACUGAUGAGUUUUCACUCAGCACUGUAGAGGAAUGUCUGACUACUCCCAGGGUCCUCUCCACUUCAGAUGGAAGGUUGGAUAGCGCUACUGGGAGGCAGGAAGAAGUCACAUUCCUGGCUCGUUUGGAAUCUCUGUGGAGGGGGUUUGUGAACAUGCCGUCUGUGGCCAAGUUUGUCACAAAAGCAUACCCAGUUUCAGGGGUUCUGGACCACCUGACUGAGGAUCUGCCGGACAGCAUCCAGGUUGGUGGAAGGAUCUCUCCACAGACGGUGUGGGAUUACGUGGAAAAGAUUCGGGCCUCUGGAACUAAAGAGGUGUGUUUGAUUCGGUUUUCCCCUGCGACUGAAGAGGAUGAGAUUUCCUAUACCCUGCUUUAUGCCUAUUUCAGUAGCAGGAAGCGUUAUGGUGUUGUAGCCAACAACAUGAAGCAUGUGAAAGACAUGUAUCUCAUUCCCCUGGGUUGUGCUGAAAAAAUCCCACACCAGCUUGUGCCUUUCGAUGGCCCAGGGCUGGAAACCAACCGUCCCAAUAUCCUACUGGGGUUAAUCAUUCGACAAAGGGUCAAAAGGGACUAUGGAGUCAUCUUGCCCAUAAGCAUUCCUGAAACAUCCGCCCCAAGACUCUUAUCUGAGAACAGAGCCAAGCUGGAUCCCGUCAACAAUGGCGAAGGUGGCCAUACUGAAGCCAGUGGUAGUUUUGACCCCCUGAAUAUUGCACGACUAGUGGAAGUUUCAAAACCACAACAGUUGGUGCAGGAAGAAGCAAAGCCUGGGAAGCGGGAUGCUGAGGGGACUCCUUCAGCUGUAGAGUCUAGUCUACAGGAGUCUGCUAAACCACUGCGCUUUCUCCCUGGGGUGCUAGUAGGAGGGGAGGGCUCAUCAGCAUCCUCUUCAGAAACAGGUGAGGUUUUACCAAGUAGCACAGAAAAGGAAGCAGACAAACAGACUGUUGUGGGUGACAGUGCAGCCCAAGGAAUCGUCUCCAGUAAAAGUCCAGCAUCCAAUGGUCCCAGGCUGGAUCGUUUUAUCAUAAAGAAGAAGGAACCUAGGACUGUGAAAACAGAGCCUCUACCAUCCAGCCCCAAGGAAAAGUCCAAUACCAAUGACUCUCCAGGGAAGGAUGGCGUAAGCUCUGUAAGUGUUUCUGCCUCUGUGGUUUCUCUUAAAGACAAGCCCUCUGAUGUUUCCACCGAGGCAUUCCUGGCAAACCUGGCCCCGGCCCCAGCUGCAAAAGAGCUGGGUGACAGUCACAUCUGCUCAACAAGCAAAGUCGGACCAAUGGACGAAGAAACCAAACCCAAACUUGAACAGCCAUUUGACUCAACUCCAGAAGCCGGAUGUGAUGCGACCUCGAAAGAGAGCAUCUCAUCCAACCUCCCCAGUCCAACAAAGGGCCCCAGACCACCAACCGGAGGAAUCUUGAAAAACAGUUCUCCUACAGUCAAACAGGAAAAGCAAAGCUCCUCUGUAGAUUCCAGUUGUGGAAGUGCUGAAGAGAAGGGAACAGAAAUGGUUAAUUCAGGACCAGCUGCUCAUCCUACUCCACAUGAGCCCUCACAGGUGUUUAAUGUACCUGUACUGAACACGGACAAGCAGUGUUUGCCCCGUCCAGCAGCCGCUACGCACUCGUGUCCGCCACAGACCGAUUACCCACCGAUGGAAGAUAUUCAAAGCAUAAGCACCGUCUCAUCUUAUGGCAAAAACGAAGAGCACAACUUGCCACGGCCAGGCACUCUGACUUCUCCAACCGCUGCAUUCUCUCAGGGAGGACAUAGACCGCUGGCCGCCACCUUCCCCCCCGUCCAUGUUGGAUCUUCUGAGUUCCCUCACCAUGCACAACCACCUGGCUUUCCUAUGCAAAGUAGUACUGUGCCUCCUUUCCAGCCUCUUCAACAACCAGGGCCACCCAGUUUGGGUUACUCCAGUGGCCCGCCUUUCAUUUUCCCCCAACCAGAGCCCCACGUUCGGAAUCACGCCCUAACGUGGUCUGCAUCGGCACCUCCCCCAGACAACUUCCCACCUCCUGGACCAACUCCCCAGACUAAUUUCCCACCUCCUGGGCCAACUCCGCAAGCCAGUUUCCUACCUCCUGGGCCAACUCCCCAAGCCAGUUUCCCCCCUCCUGGGCCAGCUCCUCAGUCUAGCUUCCCUCUUCCCGGGCCAACUCCCCAGGCCAGUUUCCCACCUCCCGGGCCAACUCCCCAGGCUAACUUCCCCCCUCCUGGCCCAACUCCCCAGGUGAACUUCCCUCCUUCUGGGCCGAGUGCGCCAGUAAACUUCCCACCUCCUGGGCCAGCGGUAUCUUACGAGGCAUCAAGGUUCACAGAGGUCUCAAAACCGCCAGCCCCAACCAAAGAUGAGAAGGGACCGGAGCGGCGGUACAGCGACCCGUGGGAGAAGCAGCCCCGUCAUUCUGAAGACAGCAGCAAGAGAGAGAGUGGUGACCACUACAGUAGACAGAGGCACCACAGUGAGUCCUACCAGGAGAGGAAGGCCCGGCACCAUGAGAGAGAACGAGACCGAGGGAAGCACAGAGAGCGGCACCGGGAGAGGAGCCGGACCCGCAGCUGGAGCCGGAGCCGGAGUCGGAGCCCUAGCAGGAGCCGGAGUCGCAGCCGGAGCCGGAGCCGGAGCAGGGAGAGGAGUGGCAGAGAACGCAGGCACAGUCAGGAGGAUAAGCACCGGGACAGCAGGAGCAGGCACCACAGCUACGGUGAUCACCACUCCAGAGACGAGAAACGGAAGGACCGGCGCCACAGUGACGAACACAGUAGCCACCACAGGGACAGGGACAGGGACCGUGAACGGGACAGGGACCGACACAGGAGACCCUCAGAUUAUGAUAAAGGGAGGAAGAGCUUGAAAGAAAAGUCCAAGGAAAGACGCUCGUGAUUUCUGCCACCCAUCCAGGCCUCUGCCUAUUUUUUUCUAUGGGGACAUCAUCUUUAUAAAUGCCAUCUUCCUUCAUUUUUCCUUGUUAACUUUACAAAAGAGUAGAACAGAUGUUUCAAUAAGAUUAACAAGUUCAAAAGAAAAUAAAUAAGAAGCAGCUUUUCUUUUUUUUUAUAUAAAACUGAUAUGGUUGAUCUUUCAACAAUUUUGAUUACGUUUUUAAAAAUGGCUGUACAUUUCUAGUUUAUAUAUUUUUAAUUGCUUCACACAUUGUACUACUGCACUUGGAGCUGAACUGAGGCAUUCAUUUUAAAAAACAAACAAAAACAUGUGAACUGUAAAAGCUUUUCAUUGCUUGAAGCAACAUAAAAUACAUACAGUGCUGCAGAUAUUUACUCCACCUCCAGAUUGGUGGAAACAGGGAAACAAAAGGAGCCAUGCUACCACAUGUAGAGAAAAAAUCAGAUAAGCAAGUUUCAUUGAACUUUGUGUCAUUAUAGCAGCUCUUUGACCCUGGAUAUCAAAUUUCAAUUUCCCUUCAUGUUACUCGAUUCUCCAAAAUGUUUUUCUAUUUGUUCUUAAUGAGCGUAGUCUGUACAUUUUGGCCUGUCAUGUACAGUAGAAAUUGUGUGCCUUCUGCAUAGUGUUUAUGUACAGUUAAUAAUAAAGCUAAUCUUUUUAUUGUUGACACAAAGAAAAAUUCCCAUGUCUGGAAAUUGCAUACUUAUUUUAACUGUUUCUCAAAGCUGUUGCUUUGAGUCUUAAAUGUUCAACAAAGAUAACUAAUCAACAAAAUAUGAGGGAUAGGGAUGGGGUGGUAGGAUUUAUGGGGACUUGUAGAAGGCUGUUUGAUUUGAUUAAAAUAUGAACUGAACUCAAGAAAAUGUUACGUGUGUCCAACUACUUAGGUAGUUAUUAUAGCCACUCAGAUAUUUAGAAUGUAAUGUUAGCAUCUGUGAAUAAUCUGUUUAUUCAUAUUUUUGAGCCUCCGCACUGAAUAUAAAUCUUUCUAUAUCCUA